AUGUCGAUUCAAACACCGUUUGUUAUAUUUAUAAUAAUCAUUUUAAUAUCAUCAACAAUUGGUCAAUCUGAUGAUGGUAUUAUCAAGGUCUCUUCAAGUGAUAUCCCCACUUCAUCACAAUCAUCAUUGGCUAAUUCAGUUAAUAAUACAGUAAAAUCUAAUAAUACAUCUGUAGCAACAACAACAGAUUCAUCUUUACUUGUUAGUAUUAUAACUGAAAUAUAUAAUCUUACGUUAAAACCAAUUGGUAAAUUUAUUGCUUUUAUUAUAAAAAGUAUGGCUAAAAUAAUGUUAUAUCCAGUUGGUAAAAUUUUAAAUGGAGCACUUCAUUUAAUUGGCAUUCAUGAUAUUGGUGGUAAAAUAUCAUCAUUAAUAAUGAAUAUAACAAGAAUAUAUGCAAAUUAUAUAACAAAUAUUGGAGCAAUAGUUGCAGCAAUAUUUGAUAUAAUAUCAGAAUCACAUGAUGAAGAAACACAUAAAAUUGCUAAACGUAGUAUUAUGGAUAUUGUUACUAGUAUUGGACAUGCCAGUACAUUACCUGUUAGAGUUGCUGAAGGAAUUAGCUCAAUACCAUAUAGAAUAAUGUCUGAUAUUCUUGAUGUCUUAUUAUAUCCAUUUCGUGCAGUUUAUCGAAUAAUUACAUGGCCAUACAGAGCAUUAUUUGGUAGUGGUGAUGAUGAUGAUACUGCUGGAGCAAAUAGAAAUGAUCGUUCAACUAAAACAAGUGAUAAUUUCAUUAAUAAUAUGAUAAACAAUAUAGCAAAUAAUAUGAGCAAUGCAACACAAGCUGCAAUGGCAACAGCAAUAACAAAAAUUUGGCAGACAACAAAAACAAGUAUUUUACCAUCAGUGGACAGUUUUCUUGAGCAAGCUUCAAAAUCAACAAUGUUACCAGAAUUCAUCACAACUAAUUCAGACAGAAUUCAUAAAUUGUAUCGAUUUGCACAUCUUUUUGGUAUUUUUUAA